ACUAAAGCUUAAACCCUAGGUGCUGCUGAUGAUUGGUCUCCAUGGAGGCAUCUGGGAUUUGGACAAGAAUGAAAAGGUCUGAGAUACAGAGGCUGUGAACAAUGAUCCAACAGCUCUGCCCUAAGGAAGGCAACAGCCGGACACCACUUUUGGGGAGACAGAACCAUGGCAGCCCUCCUGCUGCUGCUGCUGACAGCAGCUGUGACUGCCAGCAGUGAUGAGCGGAUACUGGGGGGGCACGACUGCGACCGCCGCAGACAGCCCUACCAGGUGGCCCUGAUGGGGGGCUACAACAAGAUCCACUGUGGGGGAGUCCUCAUCGACCCCUGCUGGGUGCUCACAGCCGCCCACUGCAACACCGGCAAGUCCAUUCCCAUGCGUAUGGGAGACUACAGCCUCAGUAAAAAUGAGGGGACAGAGCAGUGCAUCACAUCAGCCAAGGCCUUCCCCCACCCCAACUACAACAGCAAUACUCAUGACAGCGACAUCAUGCUCCUGAAGCUGGCCAACCCCAUCCACAUCACGGAGUAUGUUGACUAUGUCAACAUCAGCACAGCAUGCCCAGCUCUUGGCAUCAGCUGUUUGGUGUCUGGCUGGGGCACCACCGACAGCCCCGAAGCAAAGUACCCUGACAUUUUGCAGUGUGCCACCGUCAAAGUCCUCAGUGAUGAAGAAUGCAAAACAGCUUAUCCUGGAAGCAUUACCAAAAACAUGCUGUGUGCUGGGGUGACUCAAGGAGGUGUGGACUCAUGCCAGGGCGACUCCGGGGGUCCACUGGUGUGCAACGGGAAGCUGGAGGGUAUCGUGUCCUGGGGAAUGCAGGUUUGCGGGCGGAAGGGCAAGCCGGGUGUCUACGCCAAAAUCUGCAAGUUCACGGACUGGAUUCUCAAAACCAUAAAGGACAACUCACGUACCUGAGUCCUGGCAGCUGGCCCCAUGAGAGAUCCCCCUCCACACGUACCCUUUCUCCAGAGCCUGGAAUAAACCCUGUGAAACACUCCCCACAUCUCCAAAUGUGGUGUCUCCUUUAUGGCUCAGUGAAGACUGGAUGAUCCCAAGACUUGACCCAACAUCCACCCAAGGGUCCAAGGACUUUAUGUUUCCCCUUGUGCACCCGGGAUGUAGCUUCUGUCUCUCCCCCAGGGCCCUUCUUCCUUCAUGUAUAAAUGGCUGCAAAAAUUGA